AUGAAGGAAUUUCCCCCUUGCUUUGGGGAAAAUGACGUUCAGGUUGCUGAAUCGUCUAUCUCAACCACAAGAGCAUUGCAAAAUGUGGCUAUUUGUGUCUAUGAAUGUGAAUCACAAGGUCAUUCCUGCUUGAUCACUGUGUCGUGGACCAAAAAUCUCAUGGGGGAAGACCUGACUGUUACAAUGGAUGACUCAGGCGAUCAACGGCUCUAUGAAAUCGAAAUACAGCCGUGGUUAUUCUCAAAAAGAAAAGGCUCCCAAACUUUACUGUUCGACACCACUAAAGUCGACCUGUUUUGGGACUUAACCGGUGCUAGAUUGGCUCACGGACCAGAGCCAUUGGAGGGGUUUUAUUUAGCUGUUAUACUCAACCAAGAACUGGUCCUACUCCUGGGUGAUCUGAAAAGGGAGGCCUUGAAGAAGAUAGAUAAUGACGACCUUCCUCACUGUGAAGAAGUGGUUUUAAUUUCCAGGAGAGAACACAUAUAUGGGAAGCGAUAUUACAAUGCAAAGACUCAAUUUCGUGAUAAGGGGCAAAUACAUGAUGUGACAAUUGAGUUUGGCUUUGACACAGUUGUUAGAGCGCCUUGUCUUGAGAUUCUGGUUGACAAAAAGGUGGCUAUGGAGGUGCAGCGACUGGACUGGAAUUUCAGAGGUAACCAAACCAUGUGGGUGAAUGGCUUUCCUGUGGAAGUGAUCUGGGAUGUUCAUGGUUGGCUCUUUGGGGAUGAUACAGACAGUGCAGUUUUCUUGUUCCAAACUCACUUCUCGUUGCAGAAGAUGCGCUCAUAUCAAUCUGAUGAGGAUUCUCCUGCAGUAACAAGGGCUUAUACUCAGCAACUCAGGGAACAUAGCUACCCGAUGCAAGGUCGUGACUUCUCCCUCAUUCUGUAUGCUUGCAAGAUUGAAUAG